AUGUUUCAGAUGCCUUUGAGAUUCCACAAUGCGAGAAUCCUCGCUAGAAUGGCAUCACAGAGGCCAUAUUCUGCAAGUAGUAGAUUAUGCUUGAGUACUCAGGUGAGUAGAAUCAACCAUAGACGCGGAUUUAGCAUGAGUAGGAGCCUGCUGAAUGUUAAAGAGAAAGCAUUAGCAGCGCCUGAGAAUUCAAGCGUCAGCAAGAGCGAAAUACCGACUUUUUUCAGCCAUGGAUUUGGUAAGCUUCUCAAAUGGUCAAUAGUGUCCACUGGUGCGAUUGUGACUAUCUGUGGUUCAGCAUUGGUGAUAUUCUUUAUUUAUGAUUCGACAACUUACAAGGAAUGUGAAGUGCCAGAGACUAUCGAAGUCCCCACAUUAGCCAUCAACCCAGAGGUGGGUGGUCCUGAAAAUUUGCCCAUCUUGAAAGAGAGCUUGGACACUUAUGACUCGGAAAUUAAGCAGACUAUUAGUUACAAACCGAAGCUGGUUAUUUUAGGCUCCGGAUGGGCUUCCGUCGGUCUGUUGAAGAAUUUACGCAAGGGAGACUACGAUGUGACGGUAAUCUCGCCUCAGAACUACUUCUUGUUCACGCCUCUACUUCCUUCUGCUGCUACGGGUACAUUGGAAGUGAAAAGCUUGAUGGCUUCCAUCAGAAAGAUUGUUGGUGCAGUCAGCGGACACUACCUGGAGGCUAGAGCUGACAAGAUAGAAUUCGAGCAUAAAUUGGUCAAGGUUUCUCAGGUUCUACCGCAUUCUGGUGAGGUGAGAUCGUUUUAUGUUCCCUAUGACAAGUUGGUUGUUGCGGUGGGGUCCACUUCCAACACCCAUGGCGUUGAGGGUCUUCAGUACUGUGACCGUCUCAAAAGUGCAGAAGACGCCUUAGACAUCAAGAGAAAGAUUAAGAAUAACUUAGAGCUGGCGUGUCUGCCCACAACGAGUGACGAAGAGCGUAAGAAACUCUUGAGUUUUGUUGUUUGUGGUGGUGGUCCGACUGGUGUUGAGUUUGCCGCAGAGGUUUUCGACUUAUUGAAUGAGGACCUGCCUAAAUUGUAUCCUAAGAUUUUAAGACAGCAGGUUUCGGUUCAUAUCAUUCAGUCGAGGUCCAACAUCUUGAACACUUACGACGAGAAGAUCUCUGAAUAUGCCAUGGAGAGGUUUAGAAAGGAAAGCAUCGACCUUCUAACGAAUGCUCGUGUGGAUCGAAUCUUACCAGAUAAGGUUAUCUUCAACCAAAAAAAUCCGCAAACGGGGGAGAUAGAGAGGAAAGAGUUACCAUUCGGACUCUGCCUAUGGUCUACGGGUGUCGCCCAGAAUCCUCUGGCCAAGCAAGUUGUGACGGCUUUCUCUGCAAAUCAAAGAAAUAAGAGAGCUAUAGAAACCGAUUCGCAUUUGAGAGUGCUUGGUAAUGAAGCUAAAGAUGUUUACGCCAUCGGUGACUGUUCCACGCUAAGAACUGACCUAGCAGCACAUGCUGCUGAAUAUGUGAGAAAAUACAUUAUACAGAAGAACUUGCGCUCCGCUAACAACACCUGCGACCUUUUCAGUAAUGAUGAGAUCAAGAAGCUGUCUCUGACCUAUGAGGAAAUUGCAGAUUUGGCUAGACAACUGUCUAAGAGACACCCUCAAACGAGGGAAGGUUUUUUGACCUUAGACGAAAAUUUGCCGAAAUACGAUCCUGAGAAUAAAGGAAGUUUGAAUUUCGAACAAAUAACCCUUCUACUAAAGGACAUUGAAUCUGGACUGACUUCGUUACCCGCGACCGCUCAAAGAGCACACCAACAAGGUAGUUACCUCGGUAAGAAAUUCACUAGGUUGGCAAGAAUAACCGACGACCACUUCCGUAAAGAUCAAAUGAUAGAGGCAGACUUAGAUGAGUCAUCGUGCAAACCCUUCAAGUAUAUCCAUCUUGGUUCUUUGGCCUACGUCGGCAAUUCUGCAGUGUUCGAUUUGCCAGGCUACUCCUUCGUUGGAGGCUUGAUCGCUAUGUAUUUGUGGAGAGGUGUCUAUUUCGCCCAAACUGUGUCCCUGAGAACCAGAGUAUUAUUGUUUAUGGAUUGGUUGAAGAGAGGUCUUUUUGGCAGGGAUAUAAUGACCACAGUGUGA